AUGGAUGGCGAGUUUACAGAGAAUGUCUUUGAUUGCAUAUGCGACUACCUUGUUGACGAGGCGGUUAGGGAUCAUGAGCGCUUACGGCUUGUAGUCACCACUGUUAUCGAUCUUUUCAAGCUAUCCCUUUCUACUCAAGACAAAGAAAAGGCAUUUUCACAACAGGAGAGGCUUCUCAAGUUGUUGUCGUAUUGUUUAAGCCCCCCUUUGUGUAAGAUAUCUAAAUCUCUAAAAGAGCUGGGGCUAUUUUUCAUCAAUGAAGGCGGUCUAAAAUAUUUGUUUAUUCCUUUGUUGUCUCCUUUCUUUUUGGGGUCUGAAUUGGUAGAUGGGGAUCUUGAUACCGGAGACGAAGAUGGAAGCAUCCAGGAGUAUUUCUUUUGCAUUCUUUUUUCGUUGCUGACCAACUUGUCGGAUGAUGCAACUUGUGUUCGCCGAAUCACUUCCAAAAUUACUGAAAAUAGCUUUGUAAAACUGAGACGAAUAUUUGAAAUCAGGGAGUACAACCGCAAUUUAUUGCAGGAAAAAAUGGCAAAGCUACAAUAUGAAGACCCCACCAUUGAUGCUUCCCUGCUCGACCAAGGUUCAUUUGUGUUGCAGCUGAUCGACUGCUCACUUUUACUUUUGAUAUCUCAUAACGACCAUGAUAGUACGCAUUCUGAAGAACCGCCCUCAAAGCAACCUCGGCACACCAACGUCAUCCUCGAAGCUGUGGCGUUGCUUAUGCAAGAGGGCUCUCAUCAGGUAGGAGUUGACCUUUAA